AUGGAUGGAUAUGGGAGUAAGUUUUACAAAGUUGCAUGGGAGGUUGUUGGUACUGAAGUAGUGGAUGCUGUUCAAGCCUUUUUUGUGAAUGGCAAACUGUUGGAGAACCUGAAUGCCACCUCUAUCACUUUGAUUCCAAAGACAAAUUGCCCCACCACAGUGAUGGAUUUCAGACCCAUCUCCUGUUGUCAUGUGCUUUACAAAUGUAUUACCAAGCUGUUGUGUUCAAGGUUACAAUUGGUUCUUCCUGAUAUUAUUUCACAAAAUCAAGGUGCCUUUAUUUCAGGGAGGAGUAUUCUUCACAAUGUCCUUAUUUUUCAGGAUUUGGUUAAGCAUUAUGCUAGGAAAUCAGGACCAAAGAGUUGCAUGAUUAAGAUUGACAUCAAGAAGGCUUAUGAUACUGUGGAUUGGAAAUUUGUGGAGGAAAUGCUUAAUGCUCUUAAUUUUCCAGACCAUUUCAGUAAAAUGAUUCUUGUGUGUUUGACCUCUACUAAAUACUCCCUCCUUCUAAAUGGUAGCUCCCAUGGCUACUUUCCUGCUAAGAGAGGUCUCAGACAGGGGGAUCCACUCUCCCCUUUGCCUUUUUCCCUUAAACAAAUAUCCAAGAAGCCGUCGAACUCAGCCCUGCGUCGCCGUCGAACUCAGCCCUGCGUCGCCGUCGAACCCAAGCGUUGCUCAGCCCUGCGUCGCUGUCUUCGCCGGUGUGUGGUGUUCUCGCCUCAUCUCCCCCAUCCCGUUCAAUUCUCGCGCGGCCUGUCACUGAAAGAUAUAUUCUUGGUCGGCCGGGGGUUCAGCAUCUCCCCGUCGCGUCGUGGUUCCGGUGGUUGCUCGGCGUCGUGGUUCCGGUGGUUUCGGCAUAGUGCCCAGGAAGAUGAGGAGAAUGGUUCUAAUUUAUUGAGGAGAACGACAAUUGGGAAUGGACCUCCAGAGGCUAUAUUGGACUGGACCCGUGAAAUUGACUCGGAUCUAUCCCAAAGUGCUAAUACUCAAGUCUUUUCUCGGAAGCAUUGGCGUCUUCUUCAAUGUCAAAAUGGGCUUCGUAUUUUUGAAGAGCUUUCUGAAGUUGAUUACCUUCCGAGGAGUUGCAGCAGAGCAAUGAGGGCUGUAGGAGUUGUUGAUGCUACUUGUGAAGAUAUAUUUGAACUUAUAAUGAGUAUGGAUGGGACAAGAUUUGAAUGGGAUUGCUCUUUCCAGUAUGGUAGUUUAGUUGAGGAGGUGGAUGGACAUACUGCUAUUAUAUAUCACAGACUUCAGCUUGACUGGUUUUCUAUGUUUGUAUGGCCUCGUGACCUCUGCUAUGUACGUUAUUGGCGACGUAAUGAUGAUGGAAGUUAUGUUGUGUUGUUCCGCUCGAGGGUGCAUGAGAACUGUGGUCCUCAGCCAGGAUUUGUGCGAGCCCAUCUUGAAAGCGGUGGGUUCAACAUUUCUCCUCUAAAAUCACGAAAUGGGAGGCCCAGAUCACAAGUGCAGCACCUUAUGCAAGUUGAUCUGAAAGGAUGGGGUGUGGGCUAUGUCUCAUCAUUUCAGCAGCACUGCCUCCUUCAAGUGUUGAACAGUGUUGCUGGGUUGUGUGAAUACUUUUCUCAAACUGAUGAAAGGAUUGCUACCCCCAGAAUUCCAGUUAUGGUCAACAUGACCUCAGCAUCUAUGCCUUCACGAAAGAACCAAAAGUUUCAGGAUCCAUCCAUUCAUCCUUGUUCUCCUGAUCGGAAUAUUGUUCCGAAUAGAAACUCUGUCAUGAUGGAUGAAGACUCUGAUGAAGAUGAGGAUUAUCAAAUACCCGAGGCAGAGCAAGAGGGUUACCGCUCUCCGCCUGAGAAUGAAGUCAAGAUAACCGCUGUUGAAGAACCAACCGAUCAGAUUGAUUCAACUAUGUUCUCGGGAACUUUGCGACGAGACGACAAUGAAAAUGCUCGCAAUUGCUGGAGAAUAUCUGAUGGAAAUAACUUCAAGGUUCGCAGCAAAAAAUUCUGUCGUGACAAGUCAAAGGUUCCAGCAGGGAAACCUUUAAUGGAUCUUGUUGCUGUUGAUUGGUUCAAGAAUUCAAGUCGGAUGGACCAUGUUGCUAGACGUCCAGGCUGUGCAGCACAGGUCUACACUCCGAGGAUUGCGCCUUAUGCGAGGAAUUUGAUGUGGUUCGUGAGCAAUGGGCUAAGUUUUUUACCAACAAGUAUUUAUUAUUGGCUUUAGCGCGCUUGAUCGAGUUGGUUUAGUUGUUAUAGAAUAAAUUUUAUAUUAAAAUGUAUGUUUAUGUUGAAAUUGGAACAUAUAUUUAAAUGUAAUAUGUGCACUUU